UGGUUGAGCGGCGGCGGGCGGCGGUGAGGCAGCAGGUUAGGUUGCGCUGCUGCUGGUGCUGGGCCCGGAGCUGGGUUUGGUUGAGCGGUGACGGUGGCGACGGGCGGUCGGAGGUUCGCGCCCCCUCCUCCCCCCCUCAGGCCAUGACGUCCACCCUCACCCACAGGCCCCGGCGGACAGAGGCGACCGCGGGCCGGGACGGGGAGCGAUGGCGAGACGAUGCGGACGACGAGGACGGGCAGCGGCGGGACGGGGAGGAGGAGGAGGAGGCCGGAGACUGUAAGGAGCUGCGGCUCACGCUGAUGGAGGAGGUGUUGUUGCUCGGCAUCAAGGACCGUGAGGGCUACACCUCGUUCUGGAACGACUGCAUCUCUGCCGGGCUGCGCGGGUGCAUCCUGGUGGAGCUGUCGCUGCGUGGUCGCAUCCAGCUGGAGCCCGCAACCAUGCGCAGGAAAUGCCUGCUCAAUCGCAAAGUCCUCUUUAAGUCUGAUGCCCCCACUGGUGAUGUCCUGUUGGACGAAGCCCUGAAGCACAUCAAGGCCACGGAGCCUGCCGAGACGGUCCAGAGCUGGAUCGAACUACUUACAGGAGAGACCUGGAACCCGCUGAAGCUGAACUACCAGAUCCGUAACGUGCGGGAGCGCCUGGCCAAGAGCCUGGUGGAGAAGGGGGUGCUGACCACGGAGAAGCAGAAUUUCCUCCUCUUUGACAUGACCACCCACCCGGUGACCAACGACACCCUGAAGCAGCGGCUGAUCAAGAAGCUGCAGGCUGCCUUCCUGGACAAGUGGACCAAGGAGCCCCAGCGCAUGGAGAAGCGCCUGCUGGCCCUGGUCCUACUGGCCCACAGCUCGGACGUGCUGGAGAACGCCUUCGUGCCGCUGCUGGACGAGCAGUACGAGCUGGCCACCGCCCGCUCGCGGGAGCUGCUGGAGCUCAACCCAGACCACGAGAGCUCCAAGCCCAACGCCAACGAGGUGAUCUGGGCCGUCAUGGCUGCCUUCACCAAGUAAACCCCCCCUCCCCCCCCCCAAAACGGUGGCCCAUUCCGUUCCCCUUUCAGACGGCGGGCCUGCCGGUUGGCUGCGGGGGAACUCGCUCUCCAUAGCAAAGUCUUUUCUGCAUUCCUUCACCACCAAUCGUUCUCGCCCUUCCCUCUUUGAUUCCCCCCUUUGAUAGGCACAACAAUGCUGGAGUAGCUCAGCGGGACAGGCAGCAUCUCUGGAGAGAAGAUAGACACAAAAUGCUGGAGUAGCUCAGCGGGACAGGCAGCAUCUCUGGAGAGAAGAUAGACACAAAAUGCUGGAGUAGCCCAGCAUCUCUGGAGAGAAGAUAGACACAAAAUGCUGUAGUAGCCCAGCAUCUCUGGAGAGAAGGAAUGUGUGACGUUUCGGGUCGAGACCCUUUCUUCAGGCGGAGUCAGGCGAGAGGGAGACAGAGAUAAGGAAGGGUGAGGUGUGAAUCAGGUGGGAUGAUCAAGGAGAAUAUAAAACGGAUUGUUAUUGGCUCGGGGAAGAUCAAACUCGAUCAGGGGGGCAGUCAGACUGGUCUGAGAACUGGGAUGGGGAGGGAUGGAGAGAGAGGGAAAGCAAGGGUUCCUUGAAGUUCGAAUAGACAAUAUUCCUUCUCUCCAGGGAAGCAAGAGGUCACGUUUCGGGUGGAGACCCCUUUCUUCAGACUCCCUCUCUCUCCCCCUUGACUCUCAGUCUGAAGAAGGGUCUCAAGAAGAUGCUGCCCGUCCCCGCUGAGUUACUCUAGCGUUUUGUGUCUACGGUUUAAACCAGCAUCUGCAGUUCCUUCCUACACAAUAAAUGGGUGACGUUUGUACAAUAGGGUCCUGAGGGCAAACCAAAUAUUUUCCCUCACCCUCCAUUCCAUUCUUGGCUACCAAUAUUUAAACUAGAGUGAGAUUUUUUUCCUGCCUAAAGUUAACUAAAUCUUCUCCCCUGUCUCCUCUCCACUCCUUUCAACACUAAUUUGACCAAGAUUUAAACUGAGGUAGAAUGCGAUCUUCCUGUCUAAAUUUGUAAAUCUUCCCCCUGCCUUGCCUCUAACCCCGUUGCAAUCCGUUCAAGACAACCUUAGUCGAGUGAGGCUUUAGAUUCAAAGUGCUGGAGUAACUCAGCGGGACAGGCUGUCUCUGGACAGCGUCUCUGGAGAGAAGGAAAGGGCGACGUUUCGGGUCAAGAAACCCGAAAAUCAUAAGCGAUAGGGCCAGAAUUAGACCAUUCGGCCCAUCAAGUCUACUCCGCCAUUCAAUUGUGGCCGAUCUAUCUCUCCCCCUUGACCCCAUUCUCCUGCCUUCUCCCCCUGACCCCUGACACCCGCACUAAUCAACAAUCUAUCUAUCUCCGCCUUAAAAAUAUCCACUGACUUACUCUGUGGCAAAGAAUCCCACAGAUUCACCACCCCUCUGGCUAAAGAGAUUCCUCUUCAUCUCCUUCCUAAAGGAACGCCCUUUUAAUGUUCCCUCUUUCCCCCCCCCCCCCCCCCCCACAUCUCCGGCCUCUCUUUUCAAACAAUGAAUAAAAAUGAAGAGAGACAAAAAGUGCUGGAGUCAGGCAGCACCUCUGGGGAACGUGGGCAGGCGACGUUUCUGGUUGAGACUGAUUGCAAAGGCCCCAAACCAAAUCCUCACCUACCCAUGUCCUCAAGAGAUGCUGCCUGACCCGCUGAGUUACUCCAGUACGAUGUGUCUUUUUUUUUUGUGUAAACCAGCAUCUGCAGUUCCUUGUGUCUCGCAAAGCAGUUGACGUCGGACCUAAAGCCUCUCGUCAGAACCCUCGUAAGGAAGGGUGGAAAACACACUCGCCUAUCUCUUUUGUCAAAGGAGCUUUCAUUAGCAGAUCACUUUUUAGAUGGGACCUCGAAUUUUACAUUUAUUUACUUUUUAUCCCACUAUUUUCCGGAUAUUUCUGAUCGGGAUGAGAACAGGUCUCGUGCGUGUGAGGCUCGAGCUGUUUGCCUCUCCGCCCCAAAGCUCAAAUGGGACUCUCCGUAUCCCAAACGGAAAUGGGGACCAGGGAUAAAGAAGUCCCUUUGCCAGCGUUGGAGGAGGUGACAGAGUACCCCACGUGUGGGCUCUCGGUCCAGGGGGUGAGGCAACAACAUUCCAAGCAGUUCACACCUUCGAAUCUUGGCCGCCCCCUUCCACCAAGAGUCAGAAAUGUCAGGUGUUGGUCACCUGUUGGGUCACAGGUUCACCUGAACCUUAUCUCUUUAUUUUCCCCCACUCCGGUUCUAUGUAAUCAAUGAUAAUGUAAAAUAAAUUUAAACCUAGUUUAACAAAAACUAAAUUACAACUUCUUAAAAUAAGGGGCAUUUGCAGAA